AUGAAGAAAUUGCUACUACUGCUAAAACCCUCUGGUUUAUCAGCGCAACCUUCCCACACUCACCCCCGGGUCUUACACUUUUUGAAUAACAGGCAGAAGGUGCACGGUGAAUCCGUAAACUUUUGUCAAGAAAUUUUUCAGAAAAAGUCAGUUGAAUGGAAAUCAGUGCUUGGAAACAAUUUGACAGAGCCCAUCAAUGAUGUGGACCUGGUUGUUGCAAUUGGUGGUGAUGGAACUCUUCAGCUGGCUAGCCAUUUAAUGGACGACAAAAUUCCUGUUCUUGGAGUGAACUCAGAUCCUACUCGGAUUGAUGAGGUGGAAAAAUUCAGUGGUGAGUUUGAUGCUGCUAGAAGCACGGGCCAUCUUUGUGCUGCAACUGUUGAAAACUUUGAACAAGUUCUAGAUGGUAUAGUCGAAAAUCAAAUAGCUCCUUCCAAGUUAACAAGGAUCAAGAUAUCUGUAAAUGGGUUAGACUUGCAAACUUAUGCUCUCAAAGAUAUCUUAGUUGCAAAUCUGUGUCCUGCUUCAAUCUCUAGAUUCUCCUUCAGAAUUGCAAAGGAAAAUCAACUAUUUUCGGCACUAGUUAACGUUAGAUCAAGCGGUCUAAGGCUUUCAACAACUGCCGGUUCAACGGCUUCAAUGCAUUCAGCAGGUGGAUUUCUGAUGCCCAUUUUAUCCCGGUUUCUCCAGUACAUGAUUUCUCCCAAGGCACCUAGUCUGAAACUUUUCUUGCCUGAUCACUUGUUACGAUUAGCAAAGAUGUAA